AUGUCAAAAGAGAUGACAAUUGCGAUACCUAUGGAAGAUGGUGAGCCAUUGGGUGCUGUACCCAAUGAAAAACUUGUAAUUGUCAAGGUACAACAGGGUACCCUUGCAGAUGGCAAGCUUAAGGUGGGUGAUCAAAUUCUUAAGGUAAACGAUACGAUUGUACGUGAUGCAGAUCACUUUUAUCAGUUACUUCGUUUUGCUCCACCAAUCGCUUCAAUUAAUUUAGUACGUGAUGCAAAGAAAGCAGCUGAAUUAGAAGCUAAAGUUCUUAUACCACCGGAACGAGCUAAAUUUAUCACACGUCGCGAUGGAUACACUUAUUUUGUUGCCCGAAUUGACUGGAAACCCGGUGGUCCAAAGCUUGGUCUCGGUAUUAAGCACUAUCAAAACCGUGUAUUAGUAUCACGUACCGAUCAGAAUUCGCUUGCUGCUCAGCAAUUGGUAAUUGGCGAUCAUAUUAUAGAUAUUGACGGACGACCGGUUACUGAUAAAGAUGUAUGCCGUGAGCUUCUCCUCAAAAGUCUUCAAGCACAACGUUUUGUUACGAUGGUUGUUGAGCGUCCAGAAACCAUGGAAGCACGACACUGGGUUCAGAGUGCACUUGCUGCAUCUGCAGCACAAGUUCCAUCUGUUGCAAUGAACAGUGACGUACGUGAAAUAGCUGCGCGAGAGCGAAUGAAAUUGAAGAAAGCACAGCCGCCAAAGAAGAGUUGUAUGCGAAGAUCGUCUGCGCCUGCUGAGAAAUCAAUCACGAUUAAUGAAAGCAAAGCAGCGGAAUUUAUUAUUGCAAGUGAUAAUGAAGGUAAAAUGCUUCGUCAUGUUCGACGAUAA